AUGGACAGUGGGAGAUGGGCAACUCUGAGACUAGAAUUUAGCCCAUUUCUCCGAUUCUUCCUCGCAAACUCUCUCUUGGAGAAAAGUUGGAAGAUCAUAUGCAAAUCUUUCGGACCGCUACAGAGCAUUGGCAAUCCAGUCAUAACCAGCGGGUGGUGGUUUACCUCUGUGAAUGUGCCACUAAGAUUCCAGCGCGCAGAGUUUGGCAUGCUCCUACAAAUGACCCCAACCGGAGGUCUUGUGGGUCUUCGCUUUCUCCCGACAAGUGCGCUUGGCCUCGGAUCUGGCUGGCAGAGGCCAUACUAUGCCGACCACGGCGCAUGCGAAUCAGAAAUCAUACUCGGGAAAGGUGAUCUCAAGGUUGGCGGAACAUUAUGUCUACCAAGUGCUACACAUGAGCAAACCGAGAUGCCAAGGCUCCCUUGUGUGGUUUUCCUGGCUGGCUCCGGGCCAUGCGAUCGAGAUUCGACAGUGCAAGAGAGCAAACCAUUCAAAGAUCUAGCGUUGGGCCUAGCUCGUCAAGGAAUUGCAUCUGUCCGAUUCGACAAGGUGACUCACACGAACCCGAAGACUUUUCUAAGGCGCAAAGAUAUGACCUUAACGCAUGAAUAUGUCGAACACGCAGUCGACGCUAUAUUAAUAGCCCAGAACCAUCCGAGUAUUCUUCCUAACGGAAUUUUUGUUCUCGGGCAUAGCCUUGGUGCGGUAGUUGCUCCCAUGAUAGCAGGCAUGAACGCUUCCAUUGCAGGCUGUAUCAUCAUGGCUGGGCCCGCGGAGCCAAUAUAUCGAUGUCUGAUUCGACAGCUUCGCUACAUUCAAUCAUUGGAUGGACCAGAGUCACUAUAUCUCGACAAACAGAUCAACGAAGCACAGAAGCAGGCCGAACUGGCAGAUAGUGACCAUCUCAAGUUGUCGACGCCAGCUAAGCAACUGCCUUUUGGGAUUGGUCCGUCUUAUUGGCUUGACUAUCGCAAUUUCGACCCCAUCGGAACCACCAGGUCUAUGAAAAAGCCUAUCAUCAUCAUGCAGGGUGGUAGGGACUAUCAGGUGACAGUUCAGGAUGAUUAUCAGCAAUGGCAUGCGGCUCUCCAUGAAAGGGACAAUGUCCAGUUCCAUUUAUAUGAGCAAUUGAACCAUCUUUUCAUUGCGGGAGAUGGAAUAUCAACACCACUUGAAUACAGUGUUCCAGGGAAUGUGAAUGAGCAAGUAAUAUCUGAUCUUGCCAAAUGGAUAUUAAAAGUACUAUGGUAA